CUAACAAAAGUUGCUACGAAAAGCGAUGAACCACAAACAACUACCAUGGAUGAUGUGUAUAAGGAGUUUGAUGAAUACGCCAAUAAGAUGCGUAUAAAGGAAUUCGCCUGCCGAGAAGUGAACAAGUACUAUUCCUUCGAGAAAGAGGGCACGCCGAAGAAUUGCGAUUAUUUGGAGGUCAGAUAUAACGCGCGCUAUCCAGCAGUCAGUGCCGAUUAUUCGGGUCCAGCGAUCGAACGUGUCUUUGGGGCAACGGUGAAUGCAUUGGAGCUGUUACUCAUAGAACGAAAAAUUAAAGGGCCUUGCUGGUUAGAUAUCAAGAAUGUGUCGCCCACCGCAGGACGGGUCGCUUGGUGUCCACAAAUAGUGGUCACUUCCGCAAUGGAAAAUAUAUCGUCAUGCUCCGAGGAGAAGCCCAAACCUCCAAUGGUGAUAGCUACUCUAAACGUGAGAAUGUCGUUGAACGCGAAGCUGCAGAAUGAAGUGAUAAUGGUUGCUGCGUUGAUUCACCAGAAGUAUAAUAUCGAUAAGGAGUCGCCAAAGCCGCCUUAUGAACGCCAGUUUUGUUUUGUUACGCGCCCGCGAGAUACUCCGUGGCCACGUCAAGCGCGAGAUGCCUUCUUGAGGAUCCCGAACACCGAAGUAAUAAGAUGCGAAACCGAGAGCGAGUUACUCGAGGAGGUGCUGAUUCUCAUGCAGAAAGCAGAUCCGGAUCUGAUAAUAGGCUACGACUGCGCAUUUCAAUUUGAUGUUCUGAUGCAGAGAAUAUUUACGCUAAAAGUAUCGAAUUGGAACAGAAUGGGAAGAUUGAAGUCGACGACUGUUCCUCUACUCCGGGGGAAAAUCAUCCUCAAUCAAGCGUUCGUCGGCCGUCCAAUUUGUGACAUACAGGUUUCGGCGAAGGAAUUGAACUUGAAAGUCAGAAGUUACGAUCUACAAUCACUUUGCACCGCAGUAUUAAAAACGAAAGAACACGAAUGUAAAGACAUCACGCCGGCGGAGACUCCGUCGUUUUACAACACGGCGGACAAACUGCUGAACUUAAUGCACGUAACGUUGAGAGAGGCACGAUACAUUGUAACGAUCGUGAUGGACCUCAAUGUCUUGCCGCUUGCGCUUCAAAUCACUUGUUUAGCCGGUAAUAUCUUGUCGAGGACACUGUUAGGCGGAAGGGCGGAGAGAAAUGAGUAUCUCUUGCUGCACGCUUUUCACCUGAAGGAUUACAUAACGCCGGAUAAGAAACUGGAGAGGAAACUGCGGGACGAUGAUGGCUCGCGCAGAAAGGCCGCGGCAUACGCUGGAGGUCUGGUACUCGAUCCGAAGAAAGGUUUCUAUGACAAACUGGUGUUGUUGAUGGAUUUCAAUUCCUUGUAUCCCAGCAUCAUACAGGAGUACAACUUGUGCUUCACCACUGUGCCCGGUGCAGCCUACGCUGACGUUGAGGUACUCUUUGUUUUUCUUUUACGUCGAAAGUAUUCAAGCAAAUAUAUUAGGGGUGUGAUUUAGUUUUGAGGGUUUUUUUUUG